AUGGAGAGCCCGGAUCAUUCCAGCAGUACCCGACAGUUCAAGCGCAGCUACGUCGCAUGCGUCUCGUGCCGAGCGCGCAAAUCAAGAUGCAUCAUCAAAGACAACCCUCCCUGCGCUAAAUGUGCCAGGGAGCACCGCGAGUGUCGGUUUGAUCGCCGGCCCAGGGCCCCAAAGCACCGCGAUGCCCCAAAAUGGACCCGUGGGAAUGUGAAUGCCGUGGACGAUGCGCCCGCCGCCCAAUCCGUUCAGGCAGCGAAUCACUCCCCUUCGAGGGAGCUUGGCUUCAAUUCGUCACCAAAUAAUACUAACCACCCACUAUACAACCGAGUUCAGUCGACACUAGUUACUGGAACUAAUGAUGCCCUGGACUUCCUGUCAAGGGCUGCAGGACAGCACAGCAUCGUGGGCUCAGUGCCAUCUCAAGGGCAUCCUUCAGCGAGCAACGUUCAGUCUGAUAGCCCCAAGGUUGUAUCUGGUGGAUCUAAUGGAGUUGGAUUCACCAUUACAGUUCUUUCAGAACCAGAUGAUGCUUGUCUAGACAUGUGGGACAAAUGUCGCUUCGUUCGCCAGGGUUGGUUCACGGCACAAGAGGCUGUCACCUACAUCGACCUCUUCUUUGAGAAGCUUGCCCCACUGUCUCCUGUCGCCCUUGACCAAUUUCGAAGUCAUGCAUCUCAUGAGCACCUCGUUUACAGGGAAGCCAUGCUAUGUUGCACCCUACUCAUGAUCUCGUCCCGGUUCUUCACACUGCCGGGUGCAGGCGGUACAUCUAGAAGCCACUAUGUCCACCAGCGUCUCUGGAGUCACUGUGAAGUCCUCAUACGACGCAUCGUGCUAGGCCAAGAGAAAACGUCCACCUCCCAGACAAGAACCAUCGGCACAAUAGAGAGUCUGAUUCUGAUAUCCGAUUGGCACCCUCGUGCUUUACAUCUCCCCCCCGAGACGGAUGGCUGGGAUGGCCUACUAGUGACGCCUGGGUACGACCGAGUCAAUCGCAAGCAUAUCAACAACGAAGCUCCGCUUAUUCGCUGGCGAGAAGAUGUCUUUGAACCAGCCAAGCGGGCGAACAGAAUGUCCUGGAUGCUCCUCGGUAUGGCCAACAAUCUCGGCUAUGAACUUGGGAUACUCUCAGGGCAGACAGGCCAUCUGGUGCAUGGUGAAAUACCUCGCGGCCGUCGAGCUCAGAAGAUCCUCUACAACUAUCUGACCCAGACUGCGACUAGACUUGGCUACCCUUCUGUGUUUCCAGAAAGUAUUUCUGUGGUUGCAUCACGUCUAUCCAUGCAAGAAACAGAUGAACCGAUUGACCAGUCCUGGAUGUCUUAUAUGGACCUGAGUUUAGAGCUUACCCAAUUGUCGCGUACGGCAUCGUCAAUGUUCUUUCACUCGGCAGCCCAUCUCCAAACACAAGUGCUCGGAGACCACUAUGUAGAUCUCCUUGAACACUUUUCCCUAUCUCUGUUCAAGUGGCAGGACAAAUUUAACAGCAUGAGCCAAGACCUCGCUUCACCGCUCAAAGACACCCUGCUGGUCGAAUUCCAUCAUACCAAAGCCUGUACAGGUGCCAUUUCCAUCCAAGCUGUAGUAGCCCGAGCUUGCUCGGCUGGCUUCACAGCCGCCACCGCCAACUCUGAUGAAGCAUUGUCAGCAUUCAUAACCACUAAAGACGCCAAGUUCCUCCAAGAGGUUGUCUCUGACACUAAAAAGGUUCUUCGUAUCGCAACAACGAGUGGUUUCAGAGACCAUCUUCCUUUUGCACCGGCACGUGUCAAGAUUAGCGUCAUUAGUUCAUCUGUGUUUCUUCUCAAGGCUCUCAGCGUUGGCUCCACCCAUACGGAUGUGAGCGACGCUUUGUACACUUUAGAUCAAUGCACAUCAACACUGAAGCAGUGUCCUGCAGAUGACAUGGACUUUGCGUUUAGAUAUGCAGAUCUCAUCGAGAAACAUACUGCACAGUUUCGAGCCCAUCUUACACAGUCUAGAGGUCUAGGUUCUAGUAGUCACAGUGGGCGGGCUUCAAUCCCGAGGAAUGCGAGUGAAGUAGAAACUGGCAUGGAUGGUACAAGCUCGUUUUUGUCUGGUCUGGAUUCUCAACAACUUGGAGAUGAUGGGUCAAUGAUGAACUUUGAUGUGGGGGAUACGUGGGGGUCUCUUCCGUUUGACUCAAGCAUAGCUCCUUUUGGUGAAGGGAGUGAUCAAGUUGCUCUAGGAUUGGAUGUUGACGCCUUGAACUUCUUGUGGAGUUUGCCCGAGCUUGUGCAGGGCGAGACUGGUUUUGCUUAG